AUGAGAAGGCGAUUAAGCAUCGUUUGGAGUAAGACUGCUUAUUUAUUUGCUUCAGCGGCCGUUGGGGGUAUUCCAGGCAAUUCCAAAGGUCCUACAAUACCUGCCAAAGGUUAUCUUGUUCAACACAUCGACGGUGGUUUAUACUGGUUGGUUGCCAAUGUAUAUCAAGUAAUGUUUUUGGUAUCAAAUGAAGGGGUAAUAGUAGUUGAUGCUCCUCCUUAUAAUAUUGGUGAUUACUACCUCAAAGCUAUAUCCGAAGUAACCAACAAAGUCGUUACACAUGUUGUAUACAGUCAUGAUCAUUUGGAUCACAUUGGUAGCAGCGGAAUAUUUCCAAAGAAUGCCACUUAUAUUGCACAUAAACUUGUUGCUGACAGUCUAUCUGCUGCGAAAGCUAUGGCAACAAAUGUUUCGUUAGUACCCCCUAUACCCACAAGAACGUUUACCAAGAAUUUAUUACUGACAGUAGGAAAUCAAACCUUGCAACUGGCGUACCAUGGAGAUGGUCAUUCACCUGGAAACAUCUUUAUAUAUGCUCCAAAACAGAAGGUGCUUAUGUUAGUUGAUGUUAUAUUUCCUGGCUGGUUACCAUUUGUUCAAUUGGCUUACGCAUCAGAUGUUCUAGGUUUUAUCAAAGAUCAUGAUAUUGUCUUAAAGUAUGACUUUAAGACCUUUAUCGGCGGGCAUACUACAAGAUUAGGUACAAGAAAAGAUGUUUUAGUUCAAAAACAGUACAUAUCUGACCUAACUAGUGCAGCUCGCCAAGCACUCGAUAAAAUACCGUUUACACUACCCAUCAGUCUAAGGCCUUGGAAGCAGUAUACUGACUAUCUCAACGCAGUCACGGAAACUUGCACAAAGAUCAUGCUUCGAAAGAACUGGGCAAAAAAACUUCAUGGUAUUAUUUUUUUGAACGGACAUUGCGACAAGAUGAUUCAGAAUAUAAGAAUUGUACCGCGUUUAGCAUUAACUUAA